CAUGUGUUCUAUCAGCCAUCAUUCAAAUCUCACUUGUGUCCAAACAUGUUCUAUUAAUUUACUUUCUUCAGGCGGUCAAAGUGAGAAUUCAGAUGUUAGGAGAUUGAAGAUGAAAAGUUAAAGCGGGAAAUAAGUUUGUGACCUACGGUAUGUAAGCUAUUAUUUCCUUUCUUUAACCCUGCGCAAAUCUCGUUAUUUCGAUGUUGCAUGUGUUUAACGCCGGCGUACACCACUUGUUCGAUGAAACGACUAAGAGAAGAUGACAACAAGUUUUUUGUGAAUCCGAUUGUGGUUUAUUAAUCUCUUUCUCUUACGCCGCUACAUAUAUUGAUUAUAUAUUAUUAUUAUCAUUAUUAUUAUUAUUAUUAUUGUAGUAAUGGGUGCUAAGUCUAUGUUAAAAUGGUCGAAACAAAUAACACCUGCCCAAGUAGUGCAGCUCAUACGAGCUGAAAAGGAUGUGAACAAGGCCCUUGUCAUAUUUGAUUCGGCAACAGCUGAGUAUGCUAACGGUUUCAAGCAUGAUGAAGCCACAUUUGGUCUUAUGAUCUCUAGAUUAGUCUCUGCUAAUCAUUUUAAACAAGCUGAGGAUCUUCUUGAUAGAAUGAAGAAAGAGAGUUGUAACAUCAAAGAAAAUAUAUUGCUCUCUAUUUGUAGAGGCUAUGGUCGUGUUCACCGCCCGGUGGAUGCCAUCAGGGUUUUCCAUAGGAUGAAGGAGUUUGAGUGCGAACCUACUGAAAAGUCUUACGUUACCGUGUUUGAUAUUCUUGUUGAAGAGAAUCAGUUAAGGACCGCAUUUAGAUUUUAUAAGUAUAUGAAAAAAAUGGGUAUUCCGACUAGUGUUGCUUCCCUUAAUGUUUUGAUCAAAGCUCUUUGUAAGAACAGUGGGACAAUUGAUGCUGCUAUUAGAAUAUUUCAUGAGAUGCCUAACCGCUGGUGCACUCCUGAUUCGUAUACGUAUGGUACUUUGAUCAAUGGGUUGUGUAGAUUGGGAAAGAUAGAUGAAGCAAAGGAGCUGUUCAAAGAGAUGGAGAUAAAAGGAUGUUCACCAAGUGUUGUUACUUACACCUCUUUAAUACAUGGUUUGUGCAAAUGUGGGAAUGUAGAUGAAGCUACAGGAUUGUUUGAAGAGAUGAGGAGCAAAGGCAUCGAGCCAAAUGUGUUUACUUAUAGUUCUUUAAUGGAUGGACUGUGCAAGGAAGGAUGUUCUUCACAAGCUAUGGAGUUAUUUGAGAUGAUGAUUAGCAAACGUCAUAGACCUAAUGUGAUAACGUAUAGUAUUUUAAUGAAUGGUCUCUGUAAAGAAGGGAAACUCCGAGAAGCCGUGGAAAUUCUUGAUAGGAUGAAGCUUCAGGGCUUCAAACCAGAUGCAGGGUUAUAUGGAAAGAUCAUUACUGGUUUCUGUGAUAUCAGCAAGUUUCAAGAGGCUGCAAACUUCCUUGAUGAAAUGGUCCUUCAGGGAAUUUCACCAAAUCGAUUAACUUGGAGUCUCCAUGCUAGGAUUCAUAAUACGGUGGUUCAAGGCCUUUGUAAAAGUGAUGCUAAUCGAGCAUUUCAAGUGUAUCUAUGUAUGCGGACUAGGGGUAUCUCAAUCGAGGCUGGGACUUAUGGCUUACUCAUAACAUGUUUUUGUAAGAAAGGUGACCUUCAUAAAGCUGCUCGCAUUGUUGAUGAAAUGGUUCUUGAUGGAUGCGUUCCAGAUGAGGGAACAUGGAGUGUGGUGGUGAGUGGAUUUUGGGAUAGGCAGAAAGUGCGACAAGCUGCUCAGGUGGAGUUAAUAAACAAAUUUGUUGAACAUGAAGAAGACAUCCGAAAUCAAGAUGCAUGAUUCCAAACUGCGACGUAUUGUGUAGCGUAACAUUUAACUUACUUUUAACCAUGUGAAAUUUUAAUGUACUUCCCUACAGCACCAUGAAUUUCUCAUAAAAAAGCCAUCAACAAUGUUUUGGUUGCGAAACUUGGAAGUAUUUUAUGCUUUUUUCAAUAAUUUAACAGGUUACAGAGUUCAUAUAGGUAAAAUGUCAAGUUCUUGCGUAGAUUGGAAGUUUGGAACACGGGAAACUGUGUGAUCUCUUGGAAAAUAGAAAUGCUUAAGUUCUUUUUUCACAGUUGUUUCUGCAUGUAAUGAAAGAAAGGGAAAGAGGUUGCGUCAUUUUACAUUCUGUCCAACUGUCACUCUUUAUAAUCUGUGACUGUAAUUUUCUUUGUCUUGUAAGUUGUGCAACAAACGAUACUAUUUUCAAAAUAAUUUUAAGUUUG